ACAAACAAAAACCAAAAAUGAAAUUCGUCAUUGUUUUCGCAGCCCUCUUCGCUGUUGCUCUUGCAAAACCAUUAGACGACAAAGAUGUCGAAGUUAAGGCUUACACAAACGAUAACAUUGGAACCGGUGAAUACACCUACAACGUUGUAUUAUCAGAUGGACAAUCACGAUCAGAAAGUGCCUCAUUAGCUCAACUUGACAAAGAUGAAACCGCAAUCCGAGUAAGUGGUGAAUUCAGAUACUUAUGGGAAGGUGUAGAAUACUUAGUCAAAUACUACGCUGACGAAACUGGAUUCCAUGCUGAAGGGGCUCAUUUACCAAAAGCUCCAUCAGCUUAAGUUAAUUUUAAUUGAUUAUAUGUAUCAACCCCCGCCAAAUAGCCUAGCACGACUUUAAUAUGAAGACAAA